CACGGCCAUGACGUCGGCGCUCAGCAAGUCCGCGCGAGUCCUGUGCAGUUCUGCGCUCGGUUUUCUUUCCCCAGCCUGACAGUCGUCUUCUUCAUCUCCUUCUUCGGCUCCUUUUGUAGCCAUGUGCACGGAACGUGAAAAGUGUUGACCUUACAGAAAAAAAAAACAAAAAAGUAAACAACAUUUUCAGUCUCUCUCUCUUUUUUUUUUUUUUUUUUUUUUUUUUCUUCUUCUAAUCGGACCGGCGCGCGCUUGUCGUUUGGGGAUUUAACGCGCGCGAGCUGUCAGAACUGGAAGUACAGAGAGCGCGCGCGCGCGGCGACCGCAAACAGCACCGGACACACACACACACACACACAUACACACACUUUAAAGCAUAAAAGCAUAAAGAAAGACAGCUGUUUUUUUUUUUUUUUGGUGUGUUUUUUUUGUUCUCUCUCUGUUUCUUUUUUUUUUUAUUGGAUUACCGGUUGCACAGCAACGGAGACCCGUGAUAAAUCUGGAUGUCGUAGUUAAGGUUUAUCAAAUGAUCCAGGCAUGGAGUCCAAAAGAUACCAAAGUAUUUACGAAGGUACAGCCAGAGAAAACAGAUGGGCCCAGAUGCCAGGAUCUAUGGAGCAGUGCUGCAUGACAGACGAGGGGGGAGCUCUGAUGAACAGUGAUGUCCUGAUGGACAUUGUAAAUGCGAGUAAUGCAUCCAGUGUCCCAGCUCCGAAGUGCAAGGAAAGUAGAGGAAAGAAGGCUGACAUGCCGAUGCCCCAGCUCAGUCCUGACCAGCAGCUCAGCUUCCCUGCAUAUAACAACUCCAUCCACAGCCGCAAACCGGAAGACUCUAAAGAGCUCUCCAAAACUGUUGCUGAAUCUAUGGGCUUGUAUAUGAAUGCUGCCAGGGAGGCUGAAUUUGCCUUUAGCCAGCAGGGCCCACCUGCCGGAUGCCAGGGCAGCCCUGGAAAACUGUACCCUCUGCGUGGCAGAGGGAUCGAGGACAAUCAGUCAGGGACUACUAGGAGCCCCAACAUGAAAGCUCCUCCAACAUCAUUCCCAACUAUGUCCCAGUUACCGAAUGGUAGUCUUGGCGAGUGUGGGGUAGGCACUGCGCCAACAUCUUCCACCUUGGCCACGGUUCUGUCCAGCCCUGCUGAAGACUCCAGCAGCAUUUCCAGCCCAAGUGGAAACAACAUUGUGACUUCCACCACCAGUCCCACCUACUUUGGCACUAGCCAUCCUUCUCUAGGCAGUCCAGCCAGUCUGGGUCCAGUUGGUUCAGGCCUGGUACAGACUCACCGUGUCAACUCAAGCACCUGCAGCCCAGCAGAGUCCAGCACUAUGGGUACUCCACCACUAGCAAGCCCCUUUAAUGUGAUGAAGUCACCCAUCUCAAGCCCCCAGAGCAUGGGAAGUGUAAGGACACCGCCGUCCUGCAGCAACAACAUGAGGUCAUCUGUGUCCAGUCCCACAGGAAGUGGUGGUAACUUGAGGCCUUCUGGGUCUAGUCCACCCACAGUUGGUUCCAUCGCGAUGUCCAGUCCCAGGAACCCCUCCAGGACCUUUUCUGUGUCAAGCCCUCCCAGCAGUCUCGGCUUGGUUCAGAAUGACAUCCACAGCCCCGAUGGCCAAGAGCAUGAUUUUAAAGGCUUCAAGUUCCCCAAAGUGGAGAGCUUGGAUGGGGAAAUAUUCAAUGUUGGCCUGGACUCCAUGGGGAUGGUCAAAUACAUCAAAAAUGAGCCUGACGGUGAAUACAGGAGUAUGUGUCUGGGUAACAGCAAUGGCAAUGUGCCACCUUCGCCAUUUCCAUCUCAUAUUAAGACUGAGCCCAACAGGGAAGCAACUUGCACAAAUGCACACUAUGGGGAACCGCAGCAGCCCAUGGGACUCUUCCCAGCUACAGAGACUACAUACUUGUCCUUGAGGGAUAAUAUUGAUGAAUACAAUCUCUCCGGGAUCCUGGGACCUCCCAUUUCUUCUCUUAAUGGCAACUAUGAGUUUGGUGUGUUUCCAAACAAUGACAUGCCCAAGGGGAUUAAACAGGAGACCAAUGAUGGCAGCUAUUACCAAGAGAAUAAUAACGUGCCCACGUCAGCUAUUGUCGGUGUUAAUUCAGGUGGACAUUCAUUUCAUUACCAGAUCGGAGCGCAAGGAACAAUGUCGUUUUCGCGGCAUGACAUGCGGGACCAGACAAACUCCUUGUUGAAUCUAAUUUCUCCAGUUACAGCGCUAAUGGAGACAUGGAAAACACGCCCAGGCCUGUCACAGGCUCCACUGUCCGCCUGCGGGGAGGGCUACCCAGCCCCAGGCUGUGUCUCUGACACCAUGGCAAGCGCUCCUCUAAGACACUCAUCCUCGACGGCUAAAGUGUGUUUGGUGUGCGGGGACGAGGCGUCCGGGUGCCACUACGGCGUUGUCACCUGCGGGAGCUGCAAAGUCUUCUUCAAGAGAGCGGUGGAAGGUCAGCACAACUACCUGUGCGCUGGAAGGAACGACUGCAUCAUUGACAAAAUCCGACGGAAGAACUGUCCGGCUUGCCGAGUACGAAAGUGUCUGCAGGCAGGGAUGAAUCUCGGAGCACGGAAGUCGAAGAAGCUGGGAAAGCUGAAGAGUGUGAGCGAGGACUCGACUCUUCAGAACUCGGAGAAGGAGCUGAGCUCGAACAUGGCUCUGGUUCCUCGUGGUGCCUCUGUGGCUCCCUUCCUCUCGCCGUCUGUGUGCAGCGUGCUGGAGCUCAUUGAGCCUGAGGUGGUGUUUGCAGGUUACGAUAACACGCUACCUGACACCACCGAUCACCUCCUCACCAGCCUCAACAAACUUGCCGGCAAGCAGAUGGUGCGUGUUGUCAAGUGGGCCAAAGUACUUCCAGGUUUCCGCACAUUGCCCAUCGAGGACCAAAUCAUGCUGAUCCAGUACUCGUGGAUGUGUCUCUCCUCGUUCUCGCUCAGCUGGAGAUCCUACAAACACACCAACGCCCAGAUGCUCUACUUCGCCCCGGACCUCGUCUUCAAUGAGGAGCGCAUGCACCAGUCGGCCAUGUACGAUCUGUGUGUGAGCAUGAAGCAGGUCAGUCAGGAGUUUGUCCGUCUGCAGCUCACCUACGAGGAGUUCCUGGCCAUGAAAGUCCUGCUGCUUCUCAGCACAGUGCCCAAGGAUGGCCUGAAGAACCAGGCUGCGUUCGAGGAGAUGAGGGUGAACUACAUCAAGGAGCUGCGGCGUUCUGUGGGCAAAGCAACAAACAACUCGGGACAGACGUGGCAGCGCUUCUUCCAGCUCACCAAGCUACUGGACGCCAUGCAUGAUCUGGUGGGAAACUUGUUAGACUUCUGCUUCUACACCUUCCGCGAGUCUCAGGCUCUGAAGGUGGAGUUUCCCGAGAUGCUGGUGGAGAUCAUCAGUGACCAGAUACCAAAGGUGGAGUCGGGCCUCACACACAUCCUUUACUUUCACAAGAAGUGACUGGAGAUGAAAAAUAAAUAAAUAAACAAGCAAUGAAGAGAUGAAGGAAUGAAUGAGAAGCAGAAGAGAGGACACCAAAACCCUCAGAAAGAAAGAAAGUAAGAAAGAGAGGGAGAAAGAGAAGGCCACGUGGGCCAGGCCAGCUUGCUAUGCACAACGUCAGGCACGAGCGGAGGCUCAGAUGUACGUACGCCAACCUAAACCCCCCGCGCAGGGACAGACGGAGAGAGAGAGUCGAGUUGUCUGUAGCCAGCCAGUGAACUUUAGAGUUCAUUUCUCCUUGCCCCCAAAGACAAUGCUGACUAUCUAUGGAUAUGAAGCCAUAUGUUUCUUUGGUAAAGCUGUAGUGCACAGGUACAAGUGUAUAAAUAAUACUAAAACACAGUUGUAUACGGAGACACGGUAAUGUCCUUGCCUCUACACUCUACAUACAACCUGCAAUGAAAUAUGGAGGCAUUUAUAUUAUUUGACUCAUCUCAACACUACACAUACUUACUCUUUGGAUUUACAAUUUACAGAAAAAGAGAAAAAUAUUUAAAAAAAAUUACUGUCUAUAGUAUAUUUCUGUAGCAACUGUAUCAUCAUUAACAGGUUUUAUUUAUGGGGUUUUUUUGGACAAAAAAGAGGCAAAGCGAGGACAUUUUCCAAGGGCUACACUACCUAAAAUCUGAAAAGUGUGUCUAAUUGGUGUGUAUUAAACCACAGAGCAGUGUGCACCGGCUUUUACCCUUGUUUAAAUGAACAGAACAAUCAAACCUGAACUGAUAUGCAAGCCCUUCUUAUUUUAAAAUGAAAAAUAACAAGAAACUUUUUGUAGUCUUUGGGUACAGAUGAGGGAAGGAGCAGUCACAUCCCUAACGUAGCUCUCUGAAAAAAAUAACCGACUAAUACGAUGAACGAAAAGCACAGAAGGGCUUUGUUUUUAUGACCUUGAGGUAAAGGAGAUGCUCAGUACACUGCUCCAGGAAAUGAAUUUCUAUUUCACUACACAGACAGCGCAAAUGCUAAACAAUCAGUAAGACCAUCAGAGCAGAAUUUAGUUUUGUUUAACACAAUAAGUUGUUGAGAGUUUAAAAAAAAAUACACUUAAAUCUCUUCACUGCUUUGUUCGAGUGAUCAGCUGUUCUUUUAUUCUCUGUACAAUCUUUUGCUCCGAAUAUCAAAGGAUGUCUCAUGGCAGGCCAGACAGAAAGCGUAUCAGGGAAAAAAAUAAAAUAAAAUGUGCAACUCCAGUACAAUAGAUCGAACAGGUUAUAAUGUGUUCAUUCAGAGUUAAAGGAAAACUCCAGCAUCUUUUAAAAUGAAUCUCUUAUCCACUGUAUCUGUAGUGUAUCUGUGAUUACCAAAGACAAGCGUGUCGAUGGUGAAUGAAUCAAUGAAUUAAUGAAGGUUACUCAAGACUCACUCAUGAUGGAAGUCUAAAGGCUGUUGUUGUGGCAUUAAUUAGUUAUGAAGUUUAUGUGAAACAUAUUUUGGUAGAACACUUUCAUGAAUUUCCCCCUCAAAGCUAUUUAGAACUGAAGAACUCAUUCAAUAAUUUGAUGAAAAUUUACGGUUUUUCUUUAACAGUCACCUGUUUCCACUACAUGGAUACCACAAAACCUUUCUGGGAAAGCGAAUGUAACACAAAUAACAUUUUAAUGUUUCGCUCCAAUAUUGGAACGUUGUAUAAAACUACACCCAACCCCAAUAAGUGGAUAUAAAGCAUUACGGAAAGAUGUGUCUCCAAUGAAUUUCCGUAAAACAUAAAACUAUUUCCUGUUAUUUCAAUUGUAAUGCGUUCCAAGCACAACCAGACCCCUUACAACUGUCAAUGCAUUGCAACAAUUAUUCAACACUGGUUGAAGUUUAUUUGAAUAUUACAUGAUACAAUUGUUGGUACUCAUUUUACAGGACUGCUGAAAUUUAUCACGAGGAAAAUCCACAAUACAGGAGUCUGGAUUAUCGUGUUUUGGGUGUACACGCCUGGGCAAAAAAAAAGGGCCAAGCCCAAAAUGGCUUUUAAUUGUCUUAACAACAAAUCAUUGGUCAGAAAAUGAGCAAUGAUGAAACAAAUGCACUCCUGAGAGCUCCUGUGCCACCAUUCGCUCCUUUACUUUUGCUGCAGUGAAGUGUUUGGGGAAAAGCUAGAAGCAGGGCAAUUCACUUAUAUAAUUUUCUUGUACACAACGGUAAUAUAGUGAUAAUGAUUAAAAUGUUUCGUGAAAAUUCAAACUAACACGUCUGGGUGUACAACAUUUUCCGAAAAUAUCUUCUGGGAUGUUUUUUUUUUUUCUUAAAAGAUUAGUCAUUAUUUGGUUAACUGCCGCACCUGAUGUGGCCCAUCGUGGGCCACAAGGCUUAAACAUUUAAAGAAAUCAAAGGGAAAAGCUUCCCAUACUAAGCUCCUUUAUCUGUUUUGUUCAAUUCUUGCUAAUUUCCUGACCAAUGAUUUGACAAUUAAAAGCCAUGUUGGGCUUGGCCCAUUUUUCUUGCCCAGGAGAGUACAUUUUGUUAGGACAUGUUAGACACGUCCUCAUGUUAGAUUGUCUUGGUCAGUUCCCGCCCACAUGCAAGCUCUGCCCUAUCAGACGUCAACUGGGGAGAGUGAAGGAUAACACGUGCUUCCUCCAAGGCACGUGAACCACAUCUUUUGAAACUGCUGCAUCACAAUGCAGCGUAACACACACAGAGGAAAACGCCAUCUGCCCUCUUCCACAUACAUGAGCUCACAGACACUCACGAUUUGCUAGUGAAGCUGUGAUUGACAGGGGAAAGAGAGUAUGCCCCUCCCACCCAGAGAGCACAGCCAGUUUUACUCUCCUGACUCCCAGCCAUGGAUUGCUGUGAUAUUUUUGAGAUUCAAACUCGCAAUCUCCUGACGAUAAGGCUAACGCUUUUCUGUUGUGCCACUUGGCAGCCAUUUUAGAGUGUAUUGCUGUAGCUUUGUGUUACAUAGUCACUUUUUUAUUGAACAACUGUCCUUAGACUUUCAUUAUAAAUAAUAUUCUGUGCUUUUCGCAGUACAAGAAAACUCAACAUUCUUGUUUGAGGUAAUCACAUAUAUGUUACAGAUAAUAAGAUUAGUUUGAAAAGUUCUUGAAGAUGAAGAUUAGUUUGGGGAAAAAAAAAAACUUCUUUUGUGUAAUUCUUUGAUGCCGACACCAGAAAUUAAAGUCAUUUUUUAUAAAAUUUAUUUAAUUUAUCAGUGAUUGUCUCUGUGUAAUCGAUGCGUAUUUCCAGUAAACAUACUUAAGCCCCACCCACCAGUUUCAGGGACCAAUCAGAAUGGCCAGAGUGUUUUGUUAAAUAUAUAUCAUAAUCUAAUCACACUACAGACAGCUACUAAACCAGCUCCCUUGUGACAAUGAAAUGAAGUUUUUAGGUUAAUAAUAAUAAUAAUAAUAAUAAUAAUAAUAAUAAAAAGAAGCAUUAAAAGAGUGUAAUUACAUUUUUUUUAAAAACAGUCUCUUUGGUUCUAACACGGUGCUUUUAAUAUUUAAAAAAAAGAAAAACCCUAGGUGUAAGAUUUUCAGUAGCUGCACAUGUACACUUAGAUGUAGAAGAAGAAGAACUGCUCUAUUCUCACGCGUACAGCUUUCAUACAGUAAACACUAACAACACUAAACAGCACUAAAAGCUACAGUAGCCUCCAGCUUCGGACGUAUACACGCUGCAGAAAUAAUGUUGCACAUAUACUCAUAGUUUCCACAUUUAUGUUGCUGUACAGAGGACGUUUCCUUUCGUAUCCGGUUAUAAUUAGUCCACUUGGGGGAAGUCCUACUGUUUAAUAAAACUGUGGAGGUGAAACAGUGAUGCUACUGAUGAAAGUGAGAGGAAAAAAAAAAGCUUGAGUUUGUUCUGUAAUGCUGUAAUGUAAGACGGUGACAGAGGAGACGGACGGGAGGCUGAGGGGCGUCGCUCGGAAAGCGUUCCCAACCGGAUUCACGCAAACAUCUCCACAAAUAUCACUAAAGUACACUAAUACACACCAAUAAUAAUAGUAAUGAGGAUGAUGAUGAUGAUGAUGAUGAUUAUUAUAAUAAUUUUUAUUAUUAUUAUUAUAUUAUUAUUCAUUCCUUAAUAACCUCUUAUUUCAUUAUUAUUAUUAUUAUUAUUAUUAUCACAGUUGAUGGACUUAUAUUAAAAAUAAUAGUAAUAAUAUAUGUAUUGCAACAAUAAUAACUACAGCAUUAUUAUUAUUAUUAUUAUUAUUAUUAUGAUUAUUUGUGUGUUAUUAGUAAUAUUUUUACAGUAUUUUAGUGAUAUAUUUGGACACAUGUUUCAGUGACUCGUCUCCUGCCGCGUGAUUAGCUUCUGAUUUGCACAGCAGAUAUAAUGUGAUGUCGGAGAGGACCGGUGUGUGUUGGGUUUGUUUCAGUAAUAUGACGUGUGGGGAGGGAGGGAAUGGGAUAAGGCACUUUUCUUCACAUCGCCCUGUGUGUGUGUGUGUGUGUGUGUGUGUGUGUGUGUGUGUUACAUUGUUAGUUUACAUGCUUGCUGUUGAAGUGUAAAACGAUGAUAAAGUGGGAAUAUAGAGAAGCCAGAACGGUUCUUUAGACCCAAUCAGUCCCGUGUCACUUGUUUGUGUACAUACACUGCUACUGCGCUGAUGAACGUGAGAAGUAUGUAAAGGAAAAUAAGUUGUCAAAUAUUUGAUCCUUUUCUCUUUUUUUUAACUUCUGCUCCCUGUUUUUUUUUCUGAUUUCUUUUUAUAUAUAAGUACAUAAAUACAUAUGAAUAUAUGUAAAUGAGAAUAAAUGUUGAAAGGUUCAUAGGAUGUAUGGCAAAGUAUUUUUGAGAGAAAUCUAUUUUGCUGGUUUAAAAAAAGAAAAGAAAAUAGUACUUUGUCUACAAAGACUAUCCAAGAAAUUUUUUUUUUGUAAAGUGAAUUGUUUAUGCAUGCUUUUUGAAGAUGUUUACAGUGUAUUUAAGAAGGGAAACUGUGCCUUUUUAUCUUGCGUGAGUUACCAUUUUACAGUAUCUAUCUAUUGUAAAUAAAUCAGUGCGUUAUUUUGUUGCUUUGUAUGGAACAUUUCUACUUUAACCAUUUGUUGGAAGUUGAAAAAAAUGUUAGUGACUCCCCUUUCAUUUUGAAUUUUUAUUUCGUCGCUCCUUGUGUGUGUGUAUGAAUUUAGCUCAACGCCCCUGUAAUUAUGAGUGAUAUGAAUGUACAUUAAAUUGUAUGUACCUGAGAGCUACUUUUACAAUCUGAAUGUGAGAUUGACUAAACCUGUUUUUUUUAUGCUGGUUUCUUCCCUUUGCUUUGCUAAGCGAAGGGAUUCGAACCGGGUGCUGGCGCAUACAGCACGCUAAAUUAAAGAAAUAACAAUCGCCAAACACGUUGCCAAACUUUGCUAUGCUUUUGGUUGCCGCAAAUCACUCUGUCAUCCAGCAUUUGUCCAUUUUAGAACAGCCACACGCUUAGUAAUGCUUCCUCAGAUUUGGAUUAGAUCAAAAGGAAGGAAGGAGGGAAGGAAGGAGGGAAGGAAGGCGGGAAGGAAGGAAGGAAGGCGGGAAGGAGGGAAGGAAGGAAGGAAGGAAGGAAGGAAGGAAGAACAUGCACACUGUGAGAUGUGGACAUUAGAAAUCCUCGCAUCGUCUGUUCACACCACAGGAAGGACUUUAUAGACUUAAAGACAAGGAAGUUAAGAUUCAGACUAUAAAAAUUAAAAACAAAUCGAAUGACAGAGUUGAAUUACGACGACCUCAAGAGAUUAAAUUCAGUCAUGGUGCUGGAGACGACACACACUCGUACUGUUUGGGUCUCAGAACCAUCCAGGAAGCGGCGAUCUUUCUUCUGUUUCAUUUGAAAUUUGAUUUCAUCUUGCACAGAGGUAGCGCUUAACUGUUUUGUACAUUUUUUUUCUAUAAUAUUGAUACUAUGCAUUUGUAUAAAAGCAUUUGCGCGUCUUUCUGCGACGUAAGGGCAAAGUGUGUUUCCUGUCUCAGACCACCACGUUAAACACACACAGCUUCUUCUUCUUCUUCAUGUCUCUGUGCAGGACUGUUAAUGAAGGACAGUCAAAACGCUCCCUUUUUUAUUUUAUUUUUUUUGUCCAGUGUGUCACAUGUUUUUGGGGAAAAAACUUAAUGCUGGAUAAUGAGUCCAGCUCCAAGAGACAAAGCCAUAUCUCCUCCUCCUCCUCCUCCUGUUUGUGAUGAAAACCCAUUUCUUGUUCAUAUUGGACUUUCUUUUUUCUGACAGACUUUUUAAUUCUAAUGCUUUGUACACUACUGGUUAGCGAAACCCACUCAACUGUACGGAAAUAUUCAACAUCAGCAAACGACAGAUGCAACUAGUUCCUCUAAACUGUAUAUCUUGAUUCAAAUAUUGCCAUAACUGUGUUUGGACAAAUAUCAAGGGAUUCCAAUAAAUCCACUAACACCUGCA